CCCCGCCCCUCGCUCCUUCUUUCUUCCCGGCUUUGGGAUCCUGCUGCCGGAGCGGCAGAGGCGCUGAGCGGAGCAGGACGGAGCGCAGGCUUGGCUGCGGCGCGCGCUUGGAGCCGGAACCACCGCCCCGGCGUCCUCUCCCGGCCUCGCCGCCCCUGCCGGGACGUGACUAGGAGCCCUGGGCGCCGGCCUGCUGCCCUCGAAGGGGCCCCGGAGAGCGCAUCGGGGCCCACGGCGGAGCCCCUCCGCCCGCAGCGCCGCGGGACCCGCUCCGGCUCGCAGUCCUGGGGAAGCGCGCGGGGAUCUCCGCCUUCCCGGCGUCGGCACCACUCCGGCCUGCAGCGCGCGCUGCACCGAGUCCGCCUCGCGCCGACCCGCCCCGCGGCCCCCGCUCCUCGGCACCUGCGCGGAGCCCCCGAGCCCGGCGCCCGGCCCCGCAGCGCCCCGACCCCGACCCCAUGGAGAGCGCGCCGGCCGCCGCUUCCUGAGCGCGGGCGCCGCCGUCCAAGCCGCGCGCUGGGUCCCCGUUCGCCCUCCUGGGGCGUCAGAGAGGCCGGCGGGGAGCGCGCCAUGAAGUCCGUGCUGUUCAGCCGCUUCUUCACUCUCCUGCCCUGGGUCCUGAUCGUCAUCAUCAUGCUCGACGUGGACACGCGCAGGCCCGCGCCCCCGCUCACCCCGCGCCCCUACUUCUCCCCCUACGCGCGGGGCCGCGGGGGCGCCCGACCCCCGCUCCGCAGGGGCGGCCCGGGACGCGGGUCCGAGCGGCGCAACCAGUCCGGGCCGCCGCGCGCGCCGCCCCUGCCCACCAUCUAUGCCAUCACGCCCACCUACAGCCGCCCGGUGCAGAAGGCCGAGCUGACGCGCCUGGCCAACACCUUCCGCCAGGUGGCGCAGCUACACUGGAUCCUGGUGGAGGACGCGGCGGCGCGCAGCGAGCUGGUGAGCCGCUUCCUGGCGCGCGCCGGGCUGCCCUGCACGCACCUGCACGUGCCCACGCCGCGGCGCUACAAGCGGCCCGGGCUGCCGCGCGCCACCGAGCAGCGCAACGCCGGCCUGGCCUGGCUGCGCCAGCGGCACCGGCACCAGCGCGCGCAGCCUGGCGUGCUCUUCUUCGCCGACGACGACAACACCUACAGUCUGGAGCUCUUCCAGGAGAUGCGAACGACGCGCAAGGUCUCUGUGUGGCCAGUGGGCUUGGUUGGCGGGCGACGCUACGAACGUCCCUUGGUGGAAAACGGCAAAGUGGUUGGUUGGUACACCGGCUGGAGAGCAGACCGGCCCUUUGCCAUCGACAUGGCAGGAUUUGCUGUAAGUCUUCAAGUCAUCUUGUCCAAUCCAAAAGCUGUGUUUAAGCGUCGUGGAUCCCAGCCAGGGAUGCAAGAGUCUGACUUUCUAAAGCAGAUAACAACAGUCGAAGAACUGGAACCGAAAGCAAGUAACUGCACCAAGGUCCUCGUGUGGCACACUCGGACAGAGAAGGUUAAUCUAGCCAACGAGCCAAAGUACCACCUGGACACAGUGAAAAUUGAGGUGUAAACGCAGUAGCACCUGGUGCCGCCUGCCUGGCCAGUGAACGUGGAAGAGGACACGGGGAGGCCUGGCUGCAGAGCAUUCAGGUACUGUCCUUCACUUCAGUACAACAGCCUGUCGUCACCUGAUGGACAUCUGUUUACACAGAGCUCGUCAGUUGACAUCAGCUAACUGGAUGGUAUAAGAUGUAUGUUUUUGUCUUUGUUUGUUCUGCAUGUUCUCCCUACAACUAAACUGGAAGACCUCUGUACAGCACAGCUCAGUGACACUGCAGGGACCACUCUGAGUAUCUCGUAUACUUUUCCUUCCCCCAUUUGGCCUUAUAAUUGGUAGAACUGAACAGGUUUUAGAAACAGCUUACAGGUAUUUCAUCAACUAAAUGUUCCCAUCCCUGACUGCAAUGUUACCUAAUUUUUGUAAGGUUGGUAGCAGUAUACAUCAUAGGAAAUAAAACCCACAAAAAAAAGGUCUAUGGAUUCAUCUGUUUAAUAUAGGGCUAUAACAUUUUAUCAGUACUAGGCACCAUAAAAUGUAAACACAAUUACUGUCAUAAACCUGGAUAUACCUUCAAGGAUUGAAAGUGGCUUUGUUUAGUUACCCUGUUUGCAUAUAGUGCAGAGAAAGGUCUUCAUGUUAGCACUAUGUAUAUAAGAGAUCCAAAUUACAAGAGAGGCAGAUAAAAUCUGAAUUCUUUCAACAUUCAUUAAAGUAAGUUUUGUAGUGACAUCCAGGUUUAUCUUCCUUUCACUAACCACGUUCCCUGUAAGCACAUCGUAACCACAGCACAGUGAGUGAAUGAUGAAAUCAAGGAAUCUGGAACACCAGGAAACAGUGCUCAGUGACACAUUUACAGUCUAUUUAUAGGAUUACACAUUUGAUCGUACAGUACCUUCCUACAGGAUUACGGGCUAAUUUGGGGGCAAGGUUUAUACUGUUAGAGGUAUUACUAACA